GUGCGACUCCAGACUUCCGUGUUUACAUUUUCGAGCGCGGGAAGAACUCUUGAGCUACGUCCAGCGUUUUGUCUGCCGGCAUGGCGGCCAUGCGAGGCGCGCUCAUCGUCUUGGAGGGUGUAGACAAAGCUGGCAAGACCACCCAGUGCAAGAAGCUUGUCCAGGCGCUGCAGCAGAGCGGAUACCCGGCGGAGAUGAUGAGGUUUCCCGACAGAAGCACAACAAUCGGAAAGCUGAUAAGUGCGUAUCUGGAGAAGAAGAGCGAGCUGGAGGACCACACGGUGCAUCUUCUCUUCUCCGCCAACCGUUGGGAAAUGGUGCCUGAGAUGAAGAGAAAGCUUGAGCAAGGCACGACGCUGGUGGUAGACCGAUACGCUUUCUCUGGGGCCGCCUUCACUAGUGCCAAACCGGGUUUCAGUCUGGACUGGUGCACCAGAUCGGAUGUGGGUCUGCCCAAACCGGACGUGGUCCUGUUUCUACAGUUGAGCCCGGCCGAGGCGGCUUCACGAGGUCGCUACGGCGAGGAGCGCUACGAGGACGCCGCCUUCCAGAGCGCCGUGCUCGACCGCUUCCGUCAGCUCAUGGACGACCCGUCCGUCAACUGGAAGGUGGUGGAUGCGUCCGGGAGCGUGGACGACGUUCACAAAGACAUCGCCCUGAAAAGUCUGGACGCCAUCCAUGCGGCGCAGACGCAACCUCUGGGAGAGCUGUGGAAGUGAACGGCCAUCUCUACAUUUUUACUAAUAAACUCUAGUUUUAUCUUGA